AUGAACUGGACAGACUGUGAACCUGCCAAGAGAUGCAGUACCCUUCCACAUCUUUGGGUGUCUGUCUGGCAUCAGAUUGGCAGCCGCACCAGCCAGGGGAACAGAGGAGAGGAGAGGUGCCACUUGGACCCGCCCUGCCAGCAGUGGCCUUCAGAGGGCUCCUUGGGGCUCCAGUCUAUUUUCCAGAGGGAGGGGCAGUGGUCCCGUGGGGCCUGGAGAUGCUCUGGCUUCCACUGGCAUCUGUGUUUCCAAAAGUGCCUUGGCCUGGGCUCCAUGGCGACAGCUGGGUCCAAAUCAGAGAGGAGAAAGGAGGCCAGUAAGGGCAGGGCCAUCCGCCAGCCGGGAAGCCACCUGGUGCAGCUCUUGGCAAGAGUGUCCCUGCAGGUGAGGUGA